AUGGCAACUUCGGUUUCUUCGCUAUCUCUAUCAUCCUCGCGCACGCUCUCCUACGCUUUGACACCAGUAUCUUCUAAACCGGAAGCACCUGUUGUCCUCCUCUCUAAUUCCUUAGCCGCGCCGUUCCCUACUUGGGAUCAUGUAGUUCCGAAACUUACUUCUAGGGGCUUCGGCGUAUUGCGUUAUGAUCAUCCCGGCCACGGAGCUUCUUCCGUCCCGGUGGAUCUCUCCUCGACUACUUUGGAGACCAUGGCUGAUGACGUUCGAGAACUUCUGAACCACCUUUCUAUUUCGCGGGUGCACGCCUGGAUCGGUGUAAGCAUGGGUGCGGCGACUGGUAUAGUAUUCGCUGCGAAGUACCCCGGAAUCAUCGAGAAGCUGGUAGUGUGCAAUACUAUUUCCUGCUCUCCGCUCAGAGCCGGAGAUAUCGAUAUAUUUGAACCGAUGGUUAGGGAAGCUAAGGAAACAGACUCCAUGGACCAAACUGUCCAAUCCAUUCUCGAACGCUGGUUUGGCCUUGCGUGGAUGAAUGCUAACCCGGAUGAGACGCGCCGCAUGCGACAGAUAAUGCUCACGACGAGCAUCGACGGCUUCGAAACUUGCUGCGCAGCUCUCCGUAGUGAUACUUUUGAUCUACUCCCGUUAGCCGAGAAGGCAGGCCAAGGAAUCGACGAUGCUCUAUUCAUAGUGGGAGAAAACGAUACAGAUCUACCGGAGUAUAUGCUCCCGCUAAGGGAUGGCAUACAGCGGGGACUAAAAGAGAAGGAUUCGCAGGCUUCUAUUAGGUUUGAGGUCAUAAAAAAUGCCGGGCACGUUUCGUAUAUUGACGGAUACGAUCAGUUUAUUGCUGUUAUUACUGAGUUUUUACGACAGUAG